CGGUAUUUUUUAUCGUCCUUGUCAUUGCUUCAUCAGUCCGCUAGAAUUCAGUCCGUCGCGUAAAUUAGGCGUCGUUUAUCUCAUCGCGACAGCCUCCCCGUUCUUCUUAGACUGAAAUAUCUACUGUCAAUCACCUUCGUGUCGCAGACAGUCGCGUGCGAUGGGCACAGUAACGGACGACAGACCUGGCGACGGUCCCGCAGCCCGCGAUGCCUCCGCCACCCCGGCCACCGCCAUCGCUGCGGCUUCCGGAAAGCGCAAAGAGCGGGAGGAAGGCCCGGGGGACGGCGUGGACGCGGGGCAGCAGAGGGAGAACCGCGAAACCGGGGGAACGGCGGAAGCAGCGGUCGGGCGGAGUGCGGGGGAAGCGGCGGAAGGGCGGAGUGUUGGGGGAGCAGAAACGGGCGGAAGGGGAGUGGAAGCGGGGGCGGGAGCGGGAGCGGAAGCGGCGGAUCUGGGUCCAGUGGUGGGACCGGCGAUGCCUAAGGCGAAGAAGAAGAAAAAGCCGCUGGAGUUCGAACGAGUGUACCUGGACGCGCUGCCGAGCGCUGAGAUGUAUGAAAAGAGCUACAUGCACCGAGACUGGGUGACACACGUGGCCGUCUCAGAUGCUGAUUUCAUCAUCACAGGCAGCAGGGACGGCCACCUCAAGUUCUGGAAGAAGAAGGCAGUGGGGGUGGAAUUCGCAAAGCACUUCAGAGCACACCUGGGGCCGGUGGAGGGCUUGCA